AUGACUAGUGAGGAUAGUUUUCUAGUGCUAGUACACCAUAGAGGAUCGGUUAAGAGAAAAACUCGCUCUAGCGUGAAGUUCACUGAUAAGGAUCCUCUAUGUAUUGUCAUGAGUCCCACCACCAGCUACGAUGCUCUCGUUAGCUCCGUGCUUGUCAAGCUUGGUGUGGAAGGAGUGAAAAGAGUUAAGAAGUUUUACUAUCGCAUUCCAACCACUGUUCUCCAUGAUACGGUGAAGUAUGAUUGUUUCACCAUUGGGAGUGACGAGGACUUGCAGGUCAUGUUUCUUUCUCGUAGGCAGUUUCCCGAGGUGAGGACACCAGAGCUGUUGGCAAAGUUCGCUGACAUGGUAUCAAGAUCGGGUGGGUCGAACCGCAAUGCCAACACUAUAGCCACGGUGGCCGGUUCAAGCUCGAGACCUGCGGUUGCUUCCUCCUCCAUUCCAGUGUAUGUGCCAGCGGUCCAGCCUGCCGCCUCCCCAUCGUUUGCUGUUGAUCUUAGCGGCAAUGUUGGAGACCAGGUUGGAUAUGGGGAACAUCUUCCGACCGACGUACGGUGUCCUACACCGGCUGGAGUGGGAGAGGGCUUGUUUGAUGAGGCAGAUGACGAUGAUCUCGAGCCGGAUCUUAUCGCCGAUGAAAGCGGCGAUGAUGUUGGAGCGAGCGAUCCGAUAAGGGCUACUGGUGGAACUAGUUCUGGCACACAGCAGUAUCCACCCCAUUUUUCAUCUUUGGACCUGGAAGCCAUGAGACAGGAUGAAUAUCCUGAGCAGCUUGCUGGAUUUGGCGCUCGGGAUAUGGAAGGGUCCGCCGGUAUGACAGAGUUUCAGGUUGGCCAACAAUUUCAGGACAAAGAUGAGGCGCUGUUGAGUGUGAAGACGUACAGCAUCCGCCGAGGGGUACAGUACAAGGUAGUCGAGUCUGACUAUCGAAGGUACGUGGGAAAGUGUUCAGAGUUUGGGAAUGGGUGCACAUGGUUGAUUCGGUUGAGUCUCCGGCAACGUAAGGGUAUCUGGAAAGUCAAGCGGUACAACGGACCGCACACCUGUCUCGCCACCUCCAUCUCCAGCGACCAUAGGAGUUUGGACUACCAUGUGAUAGCGACGUUCAUUAUGCCAAUGGUUAGGGCUGACGCAUCCGUCAACAUCAAGGUGCUUCUGAAUGCCACGGCAGCUCACUUUGGAUUCAGGCCUACGUAUAGGAGGGUGUGGAUGGCGAAGCAGAAGGCUGACGGGAAUUCCAACAUACUCCCUGUGGCAUUCGCACUGGUUGAGGGUGAGAAUGCUGAGUCUUGGUCCUUCUUUCUCACCCACCUCCGUCAGCACGUGACACCUCAGCCGGGAUUGUUGGUUAUUUCAGAUAGGCAUAACGGCAUCAAGGCAGCACUUGAGGCGCCCGAUGGGGGAUGGCUACCCCCAGCUGCAUACCGGGCAUUCUGCAUUCGACACAUAGCAGUGAAUUUCGCCCUCACCUUCAAGGGCAAAGAUGCCCGCAGGCUUCUUGUGAACGCCGCAUAUGCGAAGACAGAAGUAGAGUUUGAUUACUGGUUCGACAUUAUGUGGUCCGAGAACCCGGCAAUGUGUGACUGA